AUGCCUUCCCUACCUUUGAUGGAAGAUUCGCAAGUUGCUGAAUCAGAACAAUCAGAACCAUCUAUCCGUGUUCAAGAAUGGACAUCCUUCCUUACAUCCUACGCUCAAGGAGACUGGUCACCUGACAGGGUACCUCCCAAGCCAACCCCAGCUCAGGAUCCGGAUCUGGUGGAACUGGAUAGAUCCCCUUCAGUCGAUAGUCUCAAGGAUGAUUCAAACGCCGAUGUAUAUUCAUCGCCCAUUAUCGACGGGAAGACUGCGAGGAGAGUACGUCAGUAUUGCUGGGAAAAUGAUUACCUCCCUCCUCCCCGAAGUCCUCAUGAAGAGCUCAGGGAGAAAAUCAUCUUGGAAUAUGAUCUUCUUGGUCCGGUCCAAGCUGGAAAUAUACAAUCUGCGGUAGACCUCAUAGCGGCGUUCUUUCCGGGUACUGUAGUCACUUUCACUCUGUUCAACAAUGCCAUCCAGAAUUUUGUCUCGAUAGCUGGGCCACAGAAUCUGUUGGACACUUUUCACCUGCAAAAUGGGAUGUGGGUGGCCCCCGAGACCUCGUUGUGCGGGCAUUCCAUACUUUUGGACGGAGUGAUCAUGUUUGUGCCCAGUCUAUCGGAUGACUGGAGAUUCCGAUCCAACCCUUACGCCGUAGCUGGUCUGAAGAGUUACAUCGGAAGCGCAGUAUCGCUCGAGAUGGAUCCGCUCAGUGCAAAUCCUCACCGCGAUGGUCAACGGGACAGAGUAGGAAUAGGAGCGUUGAACAUACUUUUCAUGUAUGAUCCACUGUAUAACAUGACCUCACAGCAGGAGAUGGUGGUGAGGAAUGUAUCGAAGAUGCUAGAAACUCAGCUACGUGCGACAUGGGAAGGUCACAUCAGGACAAAAGAAGCGAAAGUCCGUCGCGCAAUCACGGAUAUCAUCGAAGAAGGAUUCGUAGGCAAUCAAUCAGCAAGCCUGCAGUCGGUCAAGGAUGUAGUAGGAACCCAAUCAGGGGUAAUCUCAGGAGGGGGAUCUCUAACGAUGUUCGAGGAUUUGGCACAUUCGGCUUUGAAUAGACUCCUUGGUCUGAUGUCGGAGGUGGACGCGCUGUGUAUGAUAGACAUAAGGAGUAUCCGGAUACAGUCGGAACCUAAAUCCAAACCGGAAUAUCACAUUGAUCCCUCCUCACCUCAUCCUGUAUCUAUCAUCGCUCAUGCCCCUCGACAUGGUUUCAAAUGGCCACUUCUUCCCUCAACCUCAGCUCUACUAUCAUAUCUCAAUCGGUCACAUUCCCUAUUUACGUUCACUCAGUCAUCACUAUCCGGCCUAGAAUCUGAACUACCUCCCAGCAUCAAAUCUCACCUCGUGAUGCCCUUCUUCACCCUCGAUCAACCCUCCUUCAUCAUCGUAGCCAUUUCAAAACACGAUAACAUUCAUUCGGACAGUGUCAACAUCACUAGAAGUGUCGGUUCAGUCCUUUUAGCAAAGGCGAUUCAGAGCCGAGUGAUGGAAGCGGAUGCAGCUAAGACGGCGUUCCUAUCAUCGAUCUCUCACGAGCUUAGAACGCCAAUGCACAGUAUAAUGUCUGGACUCCAACUCGCCCAAGCAUCCGUCGACGGCAAGGAGUGGGACAGUACACGUUCUCUCCUCCAUGUCGUACAGACUAGUGGUCAAACCCUGCAACGGAUCUUGGACGACGUGAUUGAUUUUGAUCCGGCUUACAACAGUAAAAGUAAAGUAUCUCGAGGCGUCACAGUGGAUCUACUAGAACUGGCCAAAGAUGCGGUGCAGAUGUGUUUAGCAAGAUCGGAUGACAUGGAAUUGGGUUCUACAGUGCACAUAGAGCAUCAAGAGAGGGAUUGGGUGGCGACGAUCGAUGAAGCGAGGUAUAACCGAAUAAUCUUCAAUGGCCUUACCAAUGCUAUGAAAUUUUGCAAGAACGGGUCGAUAUCUGUUUCCCUCUCAACCUCUAAAGAUGCGACCCAACUCGUGACUCGAGUCACCGACAAUGGGAUUGGCAUCGAUGGCAAAGUGUUGCCUCGUCUGCUCGAGCCUUUCACAAAGCAGGACUUACACAGUCCCGGUGCUGGGUUAGGGUUGUAUAUCACCAAGAACCUGGUCAACAGCAUGGGAGGGACCUUUGCAAUCCAAUCGACGCUUGGUCAGGGGACAACCUUUGAGGCGAUACUGCCCAUACAUUUUGACAAAUCCGGAUCUUCUAGUAAUCCACCUUCGUUCAAGAAAAUGAUACAGUACAAGGGGAUGGAUUCGAAAGGUGAAGAAACGAUUUCAUCCCCGUCCUUGGCAUUCCCAUCUUCCCUCUCAUCCACUGCUGCCCCUUCAAAGAGCAAGAAGACGACCAUGGAGCAGAAGAGCGGCACGAACGCCCUGAGAGUGAUGGUAGUGGAUGACAAUAGGAUCUGCCGAUUACUACUUCUCAAGUCGAUUCAGAAAGGUUCUACGCCUGUGCAAACCGCCCAAGCUGCAGACGGCCAACAAGCGGUGGAUUCAUUCAAGACCUUUCAACCGGACUUGGUAAUCACCGAUGUAUCCAUGCCGGUGAUGGAUGGGAUCACCGCUGCUCAAGAGAUGAGAAGAGUCAGUCAAGAGAUGAAUCUUCCGCCUUGCAAGAUCUACGCUUUGACUGGUCUGGGAUCCUCCGAUCCAAGACUCAAGUCGAUUGGGAUGGAAGGCAGUGCGGCGCUGGAUGGGUGGCUAGUGAAAGGACAAGAUGAUUUGAAAGUGAUACAAGGGAUUGUCGUGAAUGUUCAUGGGGAUGUGAGCCACCGGGAGGAGAUCAGUCCAGAAGAGAUGUUGAAAAAAGUCCAGAAAGCGGAUAUACCGUUGACCGGGUAG